CAGGGAAAGAUGGGAAGAUAUCUAAUUUCUGAUCAUGGCAGGAUUUAGAAUGAAACUCCUUUUCUAUUUAUUUACGUACUAUUUGUCUGGUUUCUGAUUCUGAUGAGUAGCAGCCAGAUGCACUCUUCAGCAAUUCUCUUCUAAACUGUAACUUAAGAGGUGCCGAGAAGGGUUGUUGGUCAGACAUGAAGUUGGAGCUACCAGAAUCCUUUGAAGAUGUUGCCGUCAAUUUUACAAAAGAGGAGUGGGAACUGCUGUGCCAGGAAGAGAAGGAGACGUACCGGAACGUGAUGGUGCAGAAUUACGAAACCAUGACUUCCUUGGGGUAUUCAGUCCCAGCAGGACAUCUGUUAUCCCUUAUUGAAAGGAGAGAAGACUCUGAAACUCCGAAUGUAAUGGCAAAAGAGGUUGUACAACAAAAAGAUCAGCCUGAUGACAUUUCCACUGUUUCUGUACUGACUGAGAACAUGUCUGAUGCAUGUAAUACAAAAGAGACAAUUAGCAAGAAAGUGAAGGCAUCCCCACAGGAACUACAAGUUAAGUGCUGUGAUACCAGUGGUGAUCAGUCUGAAUGGCCCACUUCUUCUACUCCUGUCGCCUGGUCUGUGGGUGAAGUAUUUCAGGGAAAAGAAUGGACAAAGCAGGACUUGGGACCAUGGUCAGCCAUCACUUGGAAACCUGGAUCUGUGGAUUAUAAGAAGGAACAUCAAUUGCAACUCCUUUCCCAGCAACAGAACAUUGCAAGAGAACAAGCUUUCCACAGAGAUUUAUUAAAGCAUCAGCAAAUUUGCCGGGAUCUAAAACCUUUCAAGUGUAGUACCUGUGGAAAGAGUUUUAAAUUGCUGCAUCUGCUCACAGCUCACCAGAGUGUCCACAGUGCAAUGAAGCCUCCGGAAUGCAGUGACACCAAAUAUGACCUUGCUGUACCUCAGCAAAUUCAAAAGAAAAUAAAGAUGCCAAGACAGAAAUGUUGCCUGUGUACUGAUUGUGGGAAGAGUUUUGCAAGGAAUUCAGAUCUAAAAAAGCACAGAAGAAUUCACACAGGAGAGCGGCCAUUUUCAUGUACACACUGUGGAAAGAGCUUCAGAGAUGUAUCAAAUUUUCAUAGGCACCAGCGUAUUGAAACUGCAGAGAAGCCUUUUAUGUGUGAUACUUGUGGAAUGAAAUUUAGACUAAUAAGGCAACUUAAUAGUCACAAACGUAUUCAUGCGGUGCAAGAACCUUUUAUAUGUACUGAAUGUGGGAAGAGUUUUAGGCUAAUGAAGUUGCUCAAAGUUCAUCAGCGUAGUCAUGCUAAAGAGAAAACAUUUUUGUGCAUGGAAUGUGGGAAGAGCUUUAGACUGUUGAGUUUAUUCACAGCUCAUCAUUUAAUGCAUACCAGAGAGAGGCCUUUUGCAUGUGUAGAAUGUGGGAAGAGUUUUAGAGUGAAAAGUUUGCUAACAGCUCAUAAUUGCUCUCACACCAAACUGAAAUCCUUUCACUGCAACAUCUGUGGCAAGAAUUUCACAACCAGAACUAGUCUGUCAUCCCAUCAGCAAAUUCAUUCAGGUGGGAGAAUCCAGAAAAGUAAAACUUAUGAAUGUACUGACUGCGGUAAGACCUUUGGAAGGGCCUCAGACCUGAACAAGCACCAUCGAACUCACACAGGGGAAAGGCCAUUUGCUUGUUCUGAGUGUGGAAAGUGUUUUGGAGAUGUAUCAAACCUUCAUAAGCACAGGCGUACUCACACCAAAGAGAAAUACCCAUUUAAGUGCGGUGACUGCGGUAAGAGUUUUAAACUGAAGCGCUUUCUCACAGCUCACAGGACAAUUCAUACUGGCGAAAGACCUUUUCUGUGUACUGUAUGUGGGAAGAGCUUUAGCUUGAUCAGGAUGCUUUUAGCUCAUAAACAGACUCACACAAUCAAGAAGACUUUCCAGUGCAAUAUAUGCGGUGAGACAUUUACCAGUGAGUCUAAUUUGACUGAGCACCAACAGAUCCACUCAGGGCAUAUCAGUGCCGAAUCUGGCCCAUCUGUUUCAUCUGCUUCAAACAAUACAAUGUCAGCCAUGACAGUUCCCGUGUCUGCACACAGUAAGAUGGAAAAUUACUCGCAGUAUUUUACCCAGCAGUCACAGCUCUUUACGCAACAACAGAGUAUCGUGGAAGAAAAAAAUUCUCAUUUCCUUGAUUUUGGAAACAGUUUUGAAAACGUGUCAAGCCUUUAUAGAUAUCAGCAAAUGCACAGUAGUGAAAAACCUUUUAAGUGCACUGUCUGUGGAAAGAGUUUUAAAUCACUGAGUCUGCUCACUUCGCACCAGAGUGUUCACACAGGAGAGAAACCGUUCAGUUGCACUGACUGUGGAAAAAGUUAUAGCAGUAGUUCUAGUCUUGUUGUACAUAUGCAAAUUCACUCUGGAGCACAAACAGCCAGCGAUAAAAUGUGGUUUUGCACUGACUGGGGACAGACAUUUGCAGAAGCUUCAGACCUUAAUAAGCACAGACAAAUUCACCAAGAGCAACCAUUUAUGUGUACAGAGAGUAGCAAGAGUUUUGGAGAUGUAUCAAAUCUUAGUAUGGUGCAAGGGACUGAAUUUGGUGAUAAACCAUUUAUAUGUGCUACAUGUGGGAAGAGUUUUAGAUUAAUGAGCCAUCUUGCCUCUCACCAAGGUAUCCAUACAGGAGAAAAACCUUUUGUGUGCACUGAGUGUGGGAAGGGUUUCAGGUUAAUGAGCCUGCUCACAGCUCAUCAUAGUAUUCAUACUGGAGAGAAACCAUUUUCUUGUGUGGAAUGUGGGAAGUGUUUCAGGCUAAUGAGUUUGCUCACAGCUCACCAAGUGACUCAUACUAAAGAGAAGCUCUUUACAUGUCUAGAUUGUGGAAAAGGUUUUACACAGAAGAGUCAGCUGACAGCUCAUGAGAGCACCCACAGCAAAGAGAAACUUUUCUGUUGCAGCAUAUGUAGUCAUUUUUUUCCCACUAGAGCUAGCCUAGUUAUGCAUCAGCAGGUUCAUACUAACUUAGAAAUGGGGCCUGUUCAUGCUAUGCCAUUAAGAAGCCCUACACAUUUGGAGAAAUUCAAAUGGGAGAGGGUUAAGAAAGUGAAAUAUUAUGAAUGUCCUGACUGUGGGAAAAAAUUUGGAAGGCGUUCAGACUUUACCAAGCAUUAUCGAACUCACACAGGAGAGAGGCCGUUUGCAUGUUCUGUGUGUGGAAAAUGUUUCGGAGAUGUAUCUAAUCUCCAUAAGCACCAGCGUAUUCAUACUGGUGAGAAGCCUUUCAGGUGCAAUGACUGUGGUAAGAGUUUUAGACUCAUGAGUUUUCUCACAUCUCACCAGGGGAUUCACACCGGAGAGAAACCUUUUAUAUGUAGUGAAUGUGGAAGGAGUUUUCGGUUACUCAGCCUGCUGUCAGCACAUCAGCAGAUCCACACAGGCAAGAAGGCCUUCCAGUGCAAUGAAUUUGGCAAGAGUUUUACAACUCUAACUAGUCUCACUUCACACCAGCAAAUCCACUCAGGUAAUAAAAAACUCAGUAGUAGUCCUUGGUUUUGCACUCAUUGUGGCAUAAGCUUUACAAGAAAAACAGACUUCAGUAAACAUAGAAGAACUCACACAGAGGAAUACAGCAGACCAAGUCAGCAAUUUUGGCAAACAUCAGAUAUUGAAGCAAUAGUGAUUUCUUGAACUUUAAGCAUGCUAUGUCUUAGGAAUAGGGUCCAUUGCUGAUACAACAUUAAAAACACUCUUAAAAUUAAACUGGAAACCUUUGUUGUGCUGUGAUUGUAGGAAGAGCUUUAGGGAUGUUGUCACACUUGCACAGGCACCAGUAGAUUCAUUUUUAAGAAGGAACAAAUAACUUGUGAGAAGAGUUUCUAGUCUUUUUCUCAGGGGUAGUGCAUGAUGGACUGGUCUAAGUUGUGUAGUCCUUUGUGGCAGUAAGUCAAAUGUACAUUAAUUUUCCAUGCUUCUACCAAGUACUUUAACAUAUCUAAAAACAUAGCUUUUAAAGUCCAAGACCUUUGAUUUGUUAUGCUGCAAACAUUUAAGAUAAAAUAUAGUGACACCUUUCUCAGUUUACACUAACAAGCUGAUGAAGCAAGCUGCUGGCUGAAUCCUGGAAAAAGAAUUAAGGAGAAGAGUGAUUUACAGAGUUAUACAGAAACAAGGAACUUUGUAAAUUGAUGGCAUAUAUUCCAUUGGUGGCUUUCAUAACUUGCCCUGUGUACUGUAGAUUUUUUAAGUGAUCCUAAUUCAUUUUAUCAUGACUCAUUUAAUGUGUCUGUCUAUACUUUCCCUAAAUCUUUGGUUUAUAUUUUAUUUCAAAUCCAGUUGUAAUUUUGAAAAACAAUGAAGAAUUUAGUAUUUUUGGUGCAUUACUCUUCCUGUCUACAUAGUUUUUAUAAUGCGAUAAUAGGUAAAAGUCAUGAUUUAUAUUUACCAACAAUGUAUUCUGGGUAAUCAAAAAUAACUUACUUCUUUAGUAGAUCAGUUACCUAAUUGCAUUGUGGUUUCUCAACUAUAUCAUCUUGGGUUAAUUUUCAAUAUAAGGUAUUUCACCUGCAAGAUAUAGUUGAUAACUUAUUUUUCUAGACUAUAAGACUUUCCUGUUGCAGCAGUUAGCAUGGAUAUAUAAUAGCCUGCAUACCAAUUAAAGCAGUGAGCCAAUGUGAGAUCAGUCUUUCAUGAUGUCAUGCUAGGGGCUAUCAGUAACAAAACGUUUUUCAGGGAGCCAUUCUUAUCAGCAAAAGUAAUACAUUUUCAUAUCAAAAACUGCAUAAUCAGGUAAUAUAUAUAUAUAUAUAUAUAUAUAUAUAUAUAUAUAUAUGGCAAGGAGGUUUAUGUCCAUCUCUAAAGGCUUGUUACAUGUGCUUCAAAAUGUGUAUAUAGCAACAUCUUCUAUGAAUGGUGAAAAGAAAGCAAAUGCAAACAACAAAAACUAGCACAAAUCACUUUAUUCAAUUUCCAGAUGUUGCAGGUUCAUGUCAAAGGAGAUACCACCUACUGGUAUCACAGAAAUAUGUGCUUUUUUUUAAAUUUUAGCUUACUCCAGUGAAUUGGUAAAUUCUGUUGGCGUGUUUUUUUUUCCUGCUGCCUCUGCUGGUGAGGUUUGAUUACCUUUAUUUCCUUUUUUUACCCCUUCAGCAUGUUGGCAACUUAUUUUUGAUAUUAUGAUGUUUGUGUUUGAAAGCAACUUUCCAGCUUUUAUAUACCAUGUCACUUUAAAACUUUAUUUGCAUGCUGCUGCUGUUGUUUAACAGAGUAUCUUACAUGCAUUUAAAAAUAAAGGGUGAAUUGUGAGUAUCAUAACAGAUAUGCUACAACAGCAAUGUAGCAAGUCAAAUCCAGUCAUAAACUUGGAAAUGGACUACAUUUAACUGUGUUUACAGAUAUAUGAGGAAAACAAACAUUGCUCAAUGUGUUUUCAAGGACUACACAAUGUACUUAUAUGAACAGAUGUGAUAUAUGUCAAUAGCUCACAUAACCUCCUUAAAGUACCCCAUAUGCUAAAGUCAUGCAUUUGAAGGAGCACACAUAAUCUAGAAAUGACACAGAUUCUGUCAUCCAAGUGGCAUUUUAUUAUAUGCCAACAGUGAUCUUUUUAUCCACUGAAAAACUCUGGUGUUAUACUGAACAUCAAAUAGAUACCUACACCUGACAAGUAGGUAUGUAUCUCCUGAUUCCCUAAGUAAAAGCCUGUACUUGUUGAUUAGUCUAACUAAGGUUCUCAAAUGUAUUCUUGGAGAUCCUUCUCUGCCUAAGAAUUCAGCAAACAAUUAGUCAAAGAACAUCAGAAAACAAUGCAUGUUUUCAACAGAUUGUUCAAUUAAUGAGCAAUUGUGCUAUUGAUAAAAGUAUAUACUUUUUUAUUUUAAGUAUUAAUGUAGUUUAGAGGGAUUAUAUUUUGACCAGAUGGUGCAUAAAGCAAUCCUAAAAACUGGUUGAUGGAAGCAGGGAAUUUUUUUAUCAACAUUAUCUUGACUUCUCAUUAUUCAUGUUUGAUCCUUCAACUUUUUCAUCAUGAUGACAGUUUAAUAAUAGUUACUUUUUUUCUUGUAUGUAAUUCAGUGAUACACAGAUAUAUUUUCUGCAGAAACUUGUGGACUGCAAGUAUUCUGCCCAGAUUUCAUUCCUUCUAAUGUUUCUACUAAUUUAAUUGAAAAAAAUGAUUUAUAGCUAACAGAAAUAAUGUAGGGGAUAGAGGACAGCUCUGUCUGACUUCAAUUGAAAGAAGGCAAGAAAGAAAAAAAAGCUUCUGACCCUUAACUGAAAUCAAGAAAGAAAGAAAGCUUCGGACCCUUAACAGAAAUCAUUACCCAUGAAUCAUUACACAGAUUUUGAAUCAAAGUGGCAUAUUGCUAUGGAAAAUAGUGAUAGGGCACAGCUUGAGAAGUAUGUUGUCAAUUGACUGAAUUGAAUUCUGUACUAGCGAUCUGUAUUUGAGGUAAAUAUAUGGGAAUUGUUCCUUGUGACAUUCUUUUAUUGGGAACAAACAGAAAUUCUUAGAAGAAAUUAAACCAUGUAACUUAUUUAGUAAUUUUUAAGUGAUUUGGUUACCAAUUUAUAAUCAAACAUUAAGAUAGAGUUGAGUUUGUAAGCAGAUAUAUUAUCUUGUUUUCUUCUGUUUCUUAGUAGUUACCACAUGUGCUAGAAGAUGAAAGUUGAUAAUUGGAAAUUAGCUGGUAGUUAACUGAUUGUAGCAAAGUAUGUAAACUGUCUUCCAAACAUAUUUUGAUUUGAAAAGGAAGAUCACCUGGGAUUAGCAUAUUUCCUUUUUUUAAGAUUUUAUCCUUUUUUAUGCAAGUAAGGUAAAUUAUUCAAAGUUCAGAGUCGGCUGUUUUCAGCCAUUUAUAUGAAAGAGCUUUACUAUGUGUCCAUGCAUUAUUAGAUAACUGUGUACAGGGACCGUGAUAAAUGUAUUCUUCUGUUCAUCA